GUGGAGUGGUCUGGAACUGGAAGCUCUAAACUGAAGAGACAAGAAUGGCCAACGUUUCAAUUCCACUCCCAAGAAACGCUUUCUCAAUUCCCAAUUGCUCAACCAAACGCCCUUCUUUCACCCCUUCUCCUUCAACUCUCAGAAUUUCUUGCUCUGGAGUAGCUGAGUUAGAUGGAUCUCAAAAUAAGGGAAUCAAGGGCAUGGCCUGUGGUAUUCUUGCAGCUAUCACUGUUACUUCUGCUACAUUUCCCCUUAUGGCUGCUACUCAGAGACUUCCCCCAUUGUCAACUGAACCCAAUCGGUGCGAGCGUGCAUUUAUUGGCAACACAAUUGGUCAGGCAAAUGGUGUAUAUGACAAACCAUUAGAUCUCCGGCUUUGUGAUUUCACAAAUGAAAAAUCCAACUUGAAGGGGAAAUCCCUCUCUGCAGCACUCAUGUCAGAUGCUAAGUUUGAUGGUGCUGACAUGACAGAAGUUGUGAUGUCAAAGGCUUAUGCUGUUGGCGCCAGCUUUAAAGGGGUGGACUUCUCAAAUGCAGUCUUGGACCGUGUGAACUUUGGGAAAGCUGAUCUUGAAGGAGCCGUAUUUAGGAACACAGUAUUGUCGGGCUCCACGUUUGAUGAUGCUAAGCUGGACAAUGCAGUUUUUGAGGACACUAUCAUUGGCUACAUUGAUCUCCAGAAGCUAUGCACAAACAAGACAAUCGGUGCUGAAGGGAGGGCUGAACUUGGAUGUCGAUAAAAGGCAUAGAGACUUCAUAGUUUUCUAUUUCUUGUGUGCUGCUAUGCAAAACAUGACACAUAUUUUGGUGAGGGUAGCCUGUAGAUGAAUGCUACAUCCGAAAGUAAAUUUAAUUCUUUGCUUUUCCUGUAUAAUGUUGUAUAACUUGUAUUAUUCCUUAUGAUUUUAAUUCAGUUAUUGAAGACUUUGGUAUGAUUAAUAAUUGUACUUGUAAUUUUUGCAUUGUUGAGUUGAUGCUUCACAACUUUGUUAACUUUUCAGUUUUAGCCACAAACUCAGUAGUUGAAACCAAAUAAGCGUGUAUUUGGUACUGCAUUCAGUCACCAAAAAAUACACGUUAAUUCAUAUGCUAUUGAGAGUAGCCUUC